AUGUCUUAUAAAGUUCCUCAAAAGGUUCAGAAGGUUAUGGUACAACCUAUUAACCUCAUCUUUCGUCAUUUGCAAAAUCGUGCUAAAGUUCAAGUAUGAUUUUUUUGAAUAUAUAUAAUACAAAGAUAUAUUAUGUAAGAAUAAUAUUAAAUUUAAUUGUGUGUCUAUAAUAGGUAUGGCUUCAAGAGAAAAUUCAUUUAAGGAUCGAGGGCCAUAUUGUUGGUUUUGAUGAAUACAUGAACCUAGUGUUGGAUGAAGCUUGUGAGGUCAAUACUAAAGUUGAUUCACGUAAACCUGUUGGUCGUAUUUUGUUGAAGGGAGAAAACAUUACUUUAAUACAAAACAUGACACCAUCCAGCGGAUAA